AAUCAUCAUACGACGGCGAAACCAAGGCCCAGCUCGUUCUGGAAAUAUUGAUCGCGUCAUUUGCAAAAUACGCCUUUCACGAUUUCUAAACUUUUCAGGAAUGAGGACAGAGUUUCGUAUUUCAGCAAUGUUUUGAUGCUUAAGGCACAAGCGUUAGAGCUAGAAUUAGAAGUGAAUACUUUUCAUCUGGGUAGUAUCCACCUUCGAAGCAGUAGCAGAUUUUAUUGACAAAACCGAAACUUGCUAGAAGUUUCAGUGAUUUCAAACCUGCUAUUGAAUCAAAUCAGAGACGCCGAAAAUGGCAAAAGAAACUGUUGCCGAGGACAGCCUGCAAGGGGCAGACCCGGUUGAGAUAGAGACCAAGGAUGCUACCACGAAGGACGACAGCACUGCAGUUGUGAAGAAGGCAAAAAAGAAAAAGAAGGCGAAAGCAACUACAGCAGUGGAAGGAGACGACGAACAGAGGCCAGGCAAUCUCAGCCAAGCGAGGGCCGAGGAAAGUGCGAACAAUGCUGCGGACGUGAAAAUGGAACAAGGUGGCGACAGUUCCGGAGAACAGAUAGAGAAGGACGCCGGGAAUGCAGAAAAUAGAGACCAGUCCGAAAACGCCGCCUCAGCAGCCACCUCUUCUUCGGGAAAGAAGAAAAAAGUGAAAAAGAGCAAGGCCGAUGAAAAGAAGGGCCACGCGGAAAAGAACCAAAACAAUGCCAAUUCCACUUCGAAAAAGAAGAAUCGGCAAACCAAGACGCACUGGGUGGGCGAGAAGGAGCUGACCCCGGACAGUUAUACCUUUCGCGCGCUCCGCAAGUACGAAAACGCGGACGAGAAACAGAAAGAGAAAAUCAUCGAGGAGUACGAACAGAAGUACCGAAUGAUCCGGUUCCUGGAGCGGAAAAAAUCGGAAAAGAACGCGGAGAAAGCCCGAAAAAAAGUGAUGGCUGCGCUCGAGGAAAACGAUUCAGAGAAGGAGGCGAGCGCGAGGACAGGUAUACUGAAGAUUGCAAGUGUGAUUUCUUGCAGUAUGAAUAAGUCUUUUCGCGCGCGCAUGAAUUAUUGUUCCUGCAUGUAGCGCAGCGUUUAGAGUAUGCAUAGGUAGAAUGAAAGAUAAUGAUCGGGCACGACUUGUUUCUGGAUCUGGUUCUCAAUUACAAUUUGUGAAAAAACAGCUCUCGCCGAAGCCGAGGCCGACACCCGCUACGUGAAGAAGUUUCCCCACUACGUCCCGUACUUGUCCUUGUUUCCGAAGCAGGACAGCCCCGAGUCCGCGGCCCGGCGGAAGUACAUGCGCAAGUACAUUGACGACAAAGUGAAGAAGAAUCGCGACAAAUUCGACAGUCUAGAAGCCGCCGCGGACAAAAAACAGAUAAAGGGGAGUAAAGCCGGGAUGGGAAAGGGAAAGGGUAAAAAGACCAUUAAGGGCAACAGCAAGGGCGCUUCGAAGGGCAAAGGCAAAGGUGGGAAAGGCGACUCGGGAAAGGGCAAGGGCAAGGGCGCUGCCGGCAAGGGUGAACAAACGAAGAAGGAGACAAAAAACGAGGAAACAACUGAGCAAGCGACUAGAACCGAGGUAAAUAGAAGCAGUUCUGUCGCGGAAACCACGGAACCUGCCCGGGACGAGAAGAAGGCGAAGCCAGUUGGUGAGAAAAAGGUGUCAGACAGCGGAGCUGCUCCGGAGCGAAAGUCAGUAGAGAAAAGCACUGCAGAGACUGAAUUCAAACAGCCGAGCAAGAAGCGACCAGCGGAGAACAAGGUUGCAACUUCGGAAGACAAGCGCGCAGCCGCUGAUGCGAAGAGACAGAAAGGAAACCACGAAUCCUUUAUGGCGUCGCAAGCUCCGCACAGACAGGGCGCGAUUGUCAAGGCUGACAACAAAGCCAUGUCGUUUGAUUCGGAUUCGGACUAAACCACGAAAUAGAGAUGGCGACGCAUUGCACAUAAACAUCCUCUCAUCUAUGCAAUACGCGCAUACGCAUCGUAGAGACGUACGCUUGACAACAGUGAUUCGUACAUCAUUGUGACGCAGAC